AUGGAUGACUGGACAGGACUUUUUUUGAGCCCUGGUGGUGAUGCCUGCCAGGUACUGGUACUGUUAUGUUCUCUAGUGGUUCUUAACCCUUCAAGCCCCAAUAUCCACACACAAAUAAUUCUCCAAACUGAUCUCAUUGAGAGAAUUUGAUAAAAGUUCAAAGCAUAUUCAGUCUUGGACAGACAGGGUUGAAUAAUUUAUGUUCUAAAGGAGUCAGAUCAGUUGACUGUUCUGAGAUGGGGUCAUCUGUAUCUGGGGGGUAGGGGAGGGGAGAAGAGGAAACCUUUUCUCUCCCUCCUUCUUUGCUUGUUUUGCUCUUGUUCCAACUUUCAAGACAAUUUUGCAGAAAUGCUUGCUAAGCAGGCUGAUAGAGCUAACCAAUCAAUUUUUUAACACACCAGGCAGGAAAGUACCUUGCUGAGUGGGCACUGGAGAACAUAUCAACCUUUCAACAAAGGUGAUUUCUCUUUAUCGCCGUUAGAGCAAAGCAGCUUAUAUAAAUCACUCAAAAAAAUUAACAUAAGUUGUUAUACCACAAUUAUUUACACAAAAAACAUGAUCAAUCAAGGCGCAAACAUGUAUUAGGAUUAUUGUCAACUUUUGUUUCUUAUGUAAACCAAUCGCGAAGUUUUGUAAGGAAGUGUAGGAAAAUUUUGCUUGUCGAGGGUAGCAAGGGUAGGCAAGUGACCCUUCUGCAUGGGACAAUUUUUCUCGAUAUAAAGGGACUUCAGAAAACCUCUGGGGUAUAUUGUUAAGAACAAAAAAUGAAACCACACUCAUCGUCUCAGCUCUUUGGGGAGGAUCUAAGGCCCCGGACUCAGAAGAGAAGUGGAAAUUGAGCCAAGGCAUUUUGGGUCUUCCAUGAUAUAAAAUUCAAAUUCAAAGAUUCAAAGGAGAAAGAACUUGCUGUAUUUAUUUUAUGCCAAAACAUGCUCUUGGUCAAUAUCAACUACGAAAUAGUCAGCAGCCACUUGCUUGUUGAUUCACUGUUUGGUUCUCACUUACCUGACACUUAGAAAACCUAUCCUCAUGAUAAAAAAGUGUAGUUUUGUGAAUUACUGUUAGUAACCAUAAAUAAUUAUUUAAAUUGGAUAUUGUUCUUGACCUUUGCUUUCUUUUUCAUCUUGACCUGCUCCAGGAACAUCAUAGAGUUGGGAUGUGGCACUGGUCUGACAGGACUUGUCAUUUGUUCUACAAGUUCACCUUGUCGAUACAUCUUUACUGACUGCCAUGAAAGAGUUCUUGAAACUCUGCAAUGCAAUCUUGAACUGAAUGGAUAUGUUCAAACUGUUAAAUCUGGUGAUAAAGAGCAAACAUCAUUGUCUUCUUAUAGUAACAAGUUUACUGUGUGCACAAGUAAUGUAGAUGACAUUUUGGAAACAUCACAACCAGGAAAAACAAGCAUAAUUUGUGCUGGUUUAAUAAAGGACAGUAAUCAAAGAACUUUUCAUGCGCAUCCUGAGGUGGCCAACAGCUACAACAAUCACAACCUUGAAUCUGAUCUUGAAUCCCAGUCUCCUGCAUUUCCAAACUGUAAAGCAUGUGCUGUCGUUGCUGAUACAUGUAACAUUGCUAGUGAUGGUUUUGGGUUGUCUAGUAGUAAGACUGUUAACACCACAGCAUGCUAUUCAAGAAAAUCUGCUAGUUGUCUACACUUAAACAAGGAUUGUGGAAGGCACUCAGGCAGUGUUCAAGUUGAAGUUUGCAAAUUGGAAUGGGAAACUUUCACAAAGAGUGACCUUAAGACAUUUUCUGACAUUGACAUCAUUCUGGCUGCUGGUAUGCAGGCAUUGUUAUUAUAUAUAUCUACAGACCUAUCAUGAAAUAAGUAAUACCUUUGAUGUGAAGUAUAUGAAAUAAUUCAUUUUUGAACUGUGGUUGUAGAUGAAAGUGAAGAAUGAUCAUCGCAGUAAAUUUUCCAAUUUAAGCAACUGGAAAGAAGAAGCCUGAAAAAAAAAAUCAGGGCUUCAACGGAAUUCAAACCCGUGACCCAUGACCUAUGUGGAGGUCACGGGCUCGAAUUCCGUUGAAGCCCUGAUUUUUUUCAGGCUUCUUCUUUCCAAUUGCUUAAAUUGGAAAAUUUACUGCGAUGAUCAUUCUUCACUUUCAUCUACAACCGCAGUUCAAAAAUGAAUUAUUUCAUAUACUUCACAUCAUUUCACUCCUCAUGGGAGAUAUGAACUCAAUAAAUCGACCUCGCUCCCAAUGUGUCGCUUCAUAGCUCAGUUGGUAGAGCAACGCACCGGCAACGCGGAGGUCACGGGUUCGAAUCCCGUUGAAGCCCUGAUUUUUUUUCAGGCUUCUUUUUUCCAAUUUAUUAUUGCUUAAAUUGGAAAAUUUACUGCGAUGAUCAUUCUUCACUUUCUUAAUACCUUAUUGGCACUUAAUUUUGUGGGUCUUUAAUCACGCAUUUUUUGUGAUUGUAAAAGAAUCACUAAAUUUAAGAACCAUAAAUAAAAAUCAUCAUGAAAAUUUAAACAACUGAAAUUUAACAGCCAUAGAGAAAAUUCAAAUCACAGAAAAAAAAUUAUAGCAAUACAAAACAAGAACAAAAGUUUGAAAAAGUUUACACAUUAAUUUUGAAUAACUGCUCUUUACUGAAGGCAUGGCUAUUUUAAGAAUUCUGUAGAUGAGGUAGAGAGAAACCGUCAAAUUCAUCACGUUUUGUUCAUGUUACUAUAGAUUAAUCUUCUAUGAGCAGGCAUUGUCAGACUAGACUUGUGUCAGUGGCAGGGACAUCUGGAAAAAGUCUUGGUGUACUGAGUGCCCUAAACAAUGAUAAUUACAAGGGGGUGUUCGAUUCACUAUUUUAAGAGAUGCCAUCUUCUUUUCCCACAGAUGUUGUUUAUGAUGUUGAGUUAAUUCCAUCUCUUGUGAGAAACUUGCAUAUUCUUUUAAGGUUUGUUUAAUAGUUCUCAUAAAUAAUCAUUGUUGGCGGUGUAUGUCUAUCUUUGUAAUUUGUUUAUAUUAUUAUUAUAAUUUUUUUUUUUGUUUUUUUGAGAUGUUCUUGUGAUCUGUUCAUUAUCUUGUAGCACCUGGGGGGGAAAGCCUGUGGCAUACUUAGCUUCAACCAUCAGAAAUCCUCAAACAUAUGAAUUCUUUAUUACCCAACUUGGUAAGUGCUAAAUUAUUUGUGAAGAGCACUUUUCGCUUUCAUAUAGUUCAUGGGAAGAAAACAAAGGUAAUUCAACAAAAUGCCAAUAGUCAUCAUCCCUUUGAUGAUUAGACAGUGAUUUUCACCGGCUGUUAGAGUUCCCAGAAAACCUAACCUGAAAAGACAGCUGACAUUUCGCACCAACACCACUGGUUUCCCCACAAAAUAAUGCCUGAGGAACGAAUGCAGAAAUUCCAUAUUGAUGCCUUGUCAAUACCAUAUCUGGGUUAUGCUCCUGAUUGGUUGUACCAUGUUGGUAAUAUGUUUCAACCAAUCAGAGGCACUAACCAAAUCUGGGUAGUGACAUUUUGCAGUGAAAUCAGUAAUAGCAUCGCAAAAUAUCAGCUAUUUUCUCAGGCUACAUCAAACCCUGACAAUUCCCAUUUGAGACCAAAGAAAUCUUCAGUGUUGUGUUUUUCCCAUGUAUUUUUGUUCUCAUAACCAAAGACCAUGGACAGGUGUGUACGUUUUACAUACAAUUGUGUACGUUUUAUUAUGUGAAAUGUGAGUAAAGCCUGACAACAGGAAACAUGGUAAAAAAAUAAAAAGUUGCUUGAUAUUAAUAUAUUAUAAUUCAUCUCUAUUCCACAAUAGCAACAGUUGAUGGAAUUGAAUAUCAUUAUUGUUGUUUUUCUUUUCUUUUGUUUCUUCAGGUGAGCAUAACAUUUGCUGGAGUGAAGAAAGUAAGCCAAGGGAUAAAGUGUUUUACUAUGACCACAGCUGCGAAAUAAAAAUUGUUAAGCUACAAAUUUAUCCUCCUGGAGCAUAUUACAUGUAGCAUCAAGCAGGAUUGGAGUCUUCUGAGCAAUUACCAACAUAGCCUGCGUAGCUGGCGGGAUUGUUGUGCCUGGGGUUACUUUCUUGGCAGUGGAGCUGCCACAUGAAGCAAGAGCAGCAAAGCAGAAAGGGAUUUUCGCUAGCCACUAGGGAAAAAUUUGACUUG